AUGACUUGUUUCUCAACAGGAACCCUGGAAGGUUUGGUUGGUGAGGAGGGUUUGCUGGUCCGAUGGUCAAAGGAGUGGAACACAGGCAAGUGGUUGGAGGGUGAGAAGAGCCAGGAGGAGAUGAGGUCCAAGCAACCAGACACAGAAGAGCACGAGGAAAUCGGCUUCUCUGUGUCUUUGACUCAGGCCCUGGCAGAGGCCUUCCUGGACCACCUAUGGAAGAUCCUCCAGAACCCGUCUCAGCCUGCCAUCCUCCGGCAGGCUGCUGCUGGAUACCUGGGAAGCUUUCUUGCUCGAGCCAAGUUUGUUCCUGUGCUCUCCGUGAGGGCCUGUCUGGACCUGCUUGUGUCCUGGAUCCACCGCUACAUGGACAGCCAGGACAGCAGUGGCAGACAAGUGUGUUGUGAUGUCAGCCUGCACGGACCCUUCUACGCUGCCUGCCAGGCUGUCUUCUACACCCUGAUCUUCAGACACAGAGCCAUCCUGGAGGUCAACAUGAAGAAAGGUCUGGAGUACCUGCAGAGCUUGAACUUGGAGCGGGUGGUUCUGUGUCAGCUGAACCCUCUCAAAGUGUGCCUGCCUCCAGUCACCAACAUGUUUGCUGCCAUCACCAGGAAGUACCAGGUGGUCUUCUGCUAUAGCGUCAUAGAGAAGAACAACAGGCAGGUUCUGCCGGUGGUCCGCAGCUCUGCAGGAGGAGAUGGAGUGAGCACAAACACCAACCCUCUGGACAGCUUCUUCCCCUUUGACCCCUAUCUGCUGAAGAGGUGCUCCGUCGGCUGCUUCUCAAACCCUUUGACUUUUGGUUCGAAGGAGGACGAGGACGACUUCCUUCAUGGGGAGACGCUGCACACCGAGGCCGUCCUGGGAAUGACUCCUAGUUCGUUAGGGUCCAACCUCUGCAGCCCGAGCAGCAUGGGUUCACCGCCUCUCAGCCACCAGCAUCCGUUUUGA